AUGAAUCAGAUCAAUCCUAGGCUUCAAAGUGGCAUUCAACAAGGAUAAACUUUCACUAUUUAAGGUUAAACUAAAAAUCCAAAUUUCCCAGGAAUGCCCUAAGUUAUACCCUAAGGUAUGCCAUAAGGUAUGCAAUAAGGUAUGCCAUAAGGUAUGCCAUAAGGUAUGCAAUAAGGUAUGCAAUAAGGUAUGCCAUAAGGUAUGCCUUAAGGUAUGCCAUAAGGUAUGCCAUAAGGUUUACCUCCCUAAACUUUCAAAUAGCCUUCAUAAAAUGAUGGAAUGUUGGAAGUUAUUAAUUAAGCUAGAAAUAGAGAAACAUAAAGAAAAGAAGAAUGCCUAAAGAAGAUGGCAUUGAUUAAUGCGAAUUUUGGUGAGAAAAACUACACUUGAAAAUUCAUAUUCCAUUUUCUAUUAAUAUUUUUAUAAUAUACUUUUCUAA